UCCAAACAGUAGACGCAUCUGUGGCAGCUUACAAAAGGGCCUUGCCGCCGUUCUUUCCCAAAUUUUACUCCUCUCUGAUCGCAGCCAUGGCUAUGCAAACAGGGAUCGGAUUCUCUAAGAUCUUGAUAUUGGCUGGAGCAGGAUAUACCGGUACAAUCUUGUUCAAGAAUGGUAAAUUAUCUGACGUAUUGGGCGAAUUACAGUCACUGGUGAAGGGAUUAGAGAAAUCUGGAGAUCGACUGGAUGGCGAAUCUGACGUCUCUGAUGCCAUUGCGGCUCAGGUGAAACGGUUGGCUAUGGAGGUCCGGCAGCUUGCCUCAUCCCGGCAGAUAACUGUUAUGAAUGGGAGUUCUGGCAGCAUAGGUAACUUAACCUCUCUUGUAGUUCCAGCUGCUACCUUGGGUGCAUUGGGCUAUGGCUACAUGUGGUUAAAGGGUAUAUCAUUCACAGACCUUAUGUAUGUAACAAAGCGCAAUAUGGCAAAUGCUGUUUCAAACCUUACAAAGCAUCUGGAGCAAGUAUCAGAGGCUCUUUCUUCGGCGAAGAGGCAUUUGACACAGCGGAUUCAGAACUUGGAUGACAAAAUGGACAAGCAAAAUGAGCUCUCAAAAGCAAUUCAAGAAAAUGUUGCUUUGGCUCGUGAGGAUCUAACUUCUAUUGAAGGUGAUUUGAUGGCUCUGCAAAAUAUGAUUUGUGGCCUGGAUGGGAAGAUAGGCACACUGGAAUACAAGCAGGAUAUUGCAAACAUUGGUGUCAUGUACCUGUGUAACUUUGUUGGUGGAAAAAAUGUGAAAAUGCCUGAAGUUCUGCAGGAGCAGCUUCAAAUUUCUGGAAAUUCCAAAGCUCGCGCUUUACUUGCCAAUGUGGAGACUCCAAGUUCAAUGGGUCUAAAAGAUCUUGCAGAUAUUUUUUCUGGAUCUCUUGAUCAGACAGGAUCGGAUCUUGCGCCAAAAGAUGGUAUUGAUAACUUAAAUGAGAAGCCAAGACCUAUAUCAAGGAGUAUUUCAGCUAGGUGUUAAUCUAUAUGCUAUUAGAAGCAUUGGUUAAAGUAUGUAUUCAUCACACUCGUUGUGGGUAUUUUUUGCAAAUAAUUCAAGUUUGAAAGAGGAUCGAUAACAAAUCAUAGCACCUGAUGGUUAAUAUAUGGUGUUUUCCCCUAAAGUGAUGCUAAACAGUAGUUGUACACAAGGCACAGCAUUCUUGCUGUCAGCUUCAUUUCGGUCGUAGCCGUUAUGUACAUUUGUAAUGCAGGUUGUUGGUUUAAAAAGUGUAGUUAUAUGGGUUUUGAAAUAAUACUCCCGCAGCUGAGGAAUGGCCAUAGUAAUGGGAGUGCUGGGUGAUUCUUUUAUCUUAUAUGUUAUGUUUGGUUUGAUUUCUAUUUGGUCCUUUUAUUUUGCGUUUUAUUUGGAUAGAAAUUGGAAAAACAAUUGAAAGCUAAGAAUUUUAGGAUCAAACCAA